AUGUCUAUCGCUCCCCAAAUGGCCGUCCUUGCAACGAUCUUCCUCCUGGCCGCAGCCUGGAUCCAAAGCGCGGCCGCGUUGGGGAUUUCCAUCGCUGAUCCAUGCUACGUGGCGCAGUUCCCGGUAUUGUGCAGAGGAACCAUAAAGGGUCAAACGAACGUGUACGCAGCGACGGAUGUGGCCAUCAGAGAGCUGAUGAGGCGGACGAGGCAUGCCAAAGACAUCGCCAAGAAAGAGAUGAAACCUAUCGGAGGAGUCUCGACUUGCAUGUCAAACUUCAAUAGCGCCUUUGACAAUUUGGACACGGCCCUUUCGAACAUUAAGGAUAAUGAUUCUUUUGGCCUCAACAUUAACCUUAGCGCUGCGUUGACGGACUACGAUACUUGCAAGGACGCCAUGCAGGGAGCUCGGGAGACUCAUAGCGUCGUUUAUAAAUCCGCCGGCGUUUUGUUUCAAAUGGCUGAUAAUUGUUUGGCACUCUCUACCCUCGUUAAACCAAUAUGA